AUGGAUGUGGACGAUGGGGGGAAACCCCCUCCUCUUCCGGACCCUAUAGAAAACUUAGAUCUAGGAAAUAAUCAGAUAAGUGGUUCAAAUCAUUUAAAUUUAAUUAUAGAUUCUUCUGCAUUGAAUCGGAAUAUUAAAGAUAAAAAAAAUAAAAAACAAAUUGUAUUACAGGAUAAGAUAGAUGAGGCUAGCUCUAAUCCAGAAUCAAGUUUUUCCGUUAACAAUAAUAAUAAUGAAUCGAACAAAAAAGUAAUAACAACAUUUCUUUAUCAGUCUACUGAUAUAGGCCCGUUUCAGAUUUACAUUGAAAAUAAAAUGGAUAAUUAUUUAGGCCAAAUAAACGCAAUAAAAGUUGGAGAAAUAAUUUUAACUUCACAUCCGGAAUUAGACAAAAAAAUAAAAAAAAUUCAAUCGAUAGGAAGAAAUCGAAUUCGGGUUUUUUGUAAGGAUUAUUUGAGCGCUAAUAUAUUGUUAAAGUCUCAUAUUUUAGAAAAUAAAAACUUGUCUGCUUAUAUUCCCAAAUUUUUAAUAUUCCGAUUAGGAAUUAUUAGAUUCAUUGAUAAAGAUUUACCAGUUGAAUAUUUAAAAAAUAAAAUUAGGGCCUAUGAUUUUCAUUGUAAAUUUGAAGUGGAAUUUGUUAAAAGAAUGAACAGAAAAGUAAAAAACUCAAAUAACGAAACAGAAUUAAUACCUACAAGUACUAUUUUGGUUUCCUUUAAAAGUCAAACUUUACCUAAGUAUAUAGAAAUUAAUAAAGUUCUUUACGAGGUAGAAGUUUAUAAACAAAGAGUUGUAAUGUGUAAUAAUUGUUACCGUUAUGGACAUAUUAGUAAACAAUGUCGAAGCAAAAUAAGAUGUCUUAAAUGUUGUCAGAGUCAUGACACAGUUACCUGUUCAUCAGACGAAUUUACAGUAAAGUGUUUUUCUUGUAAUGGAAACCAUUUUACUAACGAUUUUAAUGUAUGCCCGGAGUACAACAGACAAGAACAAAUUAAACAAAUGAUGUCACAAACAAAUUGUUCCUUCAAGGAUGCUAGUAGUAGUAUUCCAAAAAAAAGUUAUGCAGAUAUUGUAUCUAAACAUUUACCUUCAAAAACAGUUGAUAAUACAAUAGUUAAUUCUAAUUUACAACAAAAUUCUUCAUUAGAGUCAGAUAAUGUUCAUGUAGCCUCAACAUCGUCCAAACCCUUUUCACAUAUAUCACACCAAUCCAAUACUCGAUCCAUUUCUCAAAGACCGAAUUCCCAGUCAUACUAUCAAGCCCAAUUAAAUAACUUAACAAAAAAAAGUAAAAGAUCUUAUCCUUUAUCUCCCGAUCAUACAUUGUUAGAGCAUCAAUCCAUUAUUAGUUCAGUUAAUCUUCCUUUUAAGAAAGGGGGAAUUUUGAGUUCAGAACAAUAUCAGUCCAAUAUUCAAAAUGAAAAUAAAUCAGAAAAUGUCGUAACAGAAAACGAAAAUAGAACCUAUAAAAUGGUAUCAUAUCAUUUGGCCAAGGUACCAAAAAACAUCGUGUUCGAUCAACAUACAAGUCAAAAUUAUAAGAAGUUUAUGAAUAGUUUCUCUACGUAUUUAACGGCAAAUAGCCUGUGUAAUAAAGAUGACGAAACUAAAAUUGCAAUUUUCCUAAAUCCAGCUGGCGAAGAUGCUCAAAACAUUUUCAGAACGUUAAAGUUUGAUGGUGACGAGGGAAAAAACUACGAUAAAGUUAUACAGAACAGAAGUCAAGGUGAAGAUAAAGAAUUUGAUAGGUUCCUGACAGACAUAAAAAUGUUAGCAAAGCUAUGUAAUUUUGGAGUACUAGAAAAUACACUAGUCCGUGAUAAAAUAUUGAGUGGCAUUCGAGAUCAGACAAUGCAAGAGAAAUUAUUAAGAGUUUCAAGUUUGACGUUGAGGGAAGCCGAGACUCACUGUAGAAUAUCAGAAAUAAGCAAGUUUCAAUUAAAAGAUCUUAGCAGAGAAAUGAAAGUUAACAGCUUAAGAUGCAGAGGAAAUAAUAGUUUUAAAAAUGGUGCUAUAAGGAACAUAGGUGCAGAUAAUAGUAAUAUCUCUAACAAUCAAGAUUACAAUUGUUUAAAAUGUGGGAGACGACAUGGUCCAAGAAGCUGCCCAGCUUAUGGUAAAAUAUGCAAAAGAUGUAAUAAACCAAAUCAUUUCCAGGUAGGAUGCAAGUUUUCUAAUUUAACUAAUACAGGAGUAGCCUCUAGGUCUGCUAGUACUAAUCAAAGAGUCUAUGAGGUUACACAUGAUAGUUAUGACACAGCUGUAGGUGAUAGAUAA